CCUCGCCUCCGCAGCCAUGAGGGUCCCCGCAGCCCCGGGCCUCCUCCUCCUCCUCCUGGCGCUCCUGCCGCUGCCCUGCACGAGGGCCGCCCCGCUGGAAGGGAAGGGUCCGCUGGUCGUCCACUUCCCCGGGGACGCGGUCAGCGGCUUGACGGACCGGGAGCUUGCCCUCCGCUACCUCCAGCGUUACGGGUACUUGACGGGGACCAACCCCGGGGGACAGGUGAAGCUGGAGACCCCCCUCAAGGCCAUGCAGAAGCGGCUGGGCUUGCCGGAAACAGGGCAGCUGGACGCCUCCACCCGCGCGGCCAUGCGGGCGCCCCGCUGCGGAGUGCCGGACGUGGGUGGCUUCCAAACCUUCCAGGGCGACCUCAAGUGGGACCACACAGACCUCACCUACCGGGUGGUCAACUAUUCCCCUGACCUGGACGGCUCCAUCAUCGAAGACGCUUUCGCCAGAGCCUUCCGGGUGUGGAGCCAGGUGACGCCCCUCACCUUCACCCGCCGGCAGGAGGGGGAGGUGGACAUCCUCAUCCAGUUUGGAACCGGAGAGCACGGUGAUGGCUACCCUUUUGAUGGCAAGGACAACCUCCUGGCCCACGCCUUCCCUCCCGGCAAAGACCGGUUCAGCGGGGACGCCCAUUUCGACGACGACGAGCUCUGGACGCUGGGCACGGGCAUCGUGGUGAAGACCUACUUUGGCAACGCCAACGGCUCUUCCUGCCGCUUCCCCUUCACCUUUGAGGGCCGAAGCUAUGCCUCCUGCACCACCGACGGGCGAGAUGACGGGCUGCCCUGGUGCGCCACCACCCCCAACUUUGACCGGGACAAGAAAUACGGCUUCUGCCCCAGCGAACUGCUCUUCACCUACGACGGGAACAGCGACGGACAGAAGUGCGUCUUCCCCUUUGUCUUCGAGGGCAAAUCCUACCAGAGCUGCACCACCGAUGGGCGCACAGACGGCUACCGCUGGUGCGCCACCACCGGCAACUUUGACCGGGACAAGAAAUACGGCUUCUGCCCGAAUAGAGACACGGCGGUGAUUGGAGGGAACUCCCAGGGCGAUCCCUGCUCCUUCCCCUUCAAGUUCCUGGGCCAGACGUACAACAGCUGCACCUCCGAGGGACGCACUGAUGGGAAGCUCUGGUGCGCCACCACCAACGACUACGAUGCAGACAAGAAGUGGGGCCUUUGCCCUGACCAAGGUUACAGCCUCUUCCUGGUGGCGGCACACGAGUUCGGCCACUCGCUGGGCCUGGAGCACUCCAGCGUCCGGGAAGCCCUCAUGUACCCCAUGUACACCUACCUGGCUGACUUCCAGCUGCACUCGGAUGACGUGGCCGGAAUCCAGUAUCUCUAUGGUCGAGGAUCAGGCCCUCAGCCCACGCCGCCCAGCCCGCCUCCCCAGGACCCCACCGAAGCUGGGGACUCCUCCACCGUGGACGACGACGACUCUUCCGUGACCGAGACCCCUGCUGGGGACGGCCGGAGCAGCGCCUGCCGCCUGGGGGGCUUCGACGGGGUGGGUGAGAUCCAGAAGGUGCUGCACUUCUUCAAGGACGGGCAAUACUGGCGCAUGUCGGGCACUGGGGCCGGUCCCCUGGAGGGCCCCCUGCGCAUCCAGAGCACCUGGCCGGCCCUCCCGGACGUGAUUGACGCGGCUUUCCAGGACCCUCUGACCAAGAAGCUCUUCUUCUUCUCAGGCCAGCGCUUCUGGGUGUCCCAGGGGCCACGCCUGGUCGGCCCUCGGAGCCUGGACAAGCUGGGCAUCGGGAGAGACGUGCCCAAGAUUGCGGGGAGCCUGAUACGGAGGCACGGGAGGGUCCUGCUCUUCAGCGGAGAUCAGUUCUGGAGGCUGGAUGUGAAGAAGGAGCGGGUGGACAGGGGGUAUCCGCGCUACCUUGACAGCCUCUUCCCUGGAGUCCCCGUUGAUGCUGACUUGGUCUUCCAGUACAAAGGGCGCUUCCACUUCUGUCGCCACCCCUACUGCUGGCAAAUGAGCCCCCGCUACCAGGUGACCCGGGUGGGGUCCUUCAAGCAGGACGUCCUGAAGUGCCCUGAGCAGUGAGACCCAUCCCACCUGGACCACCCCCCCCCCAGUGCUUCGAAAGGCCUCUGGACACGGAGGCGGCAUCGACGCGCAGCUUUGACCCCUGCCUGGCUGGCCAGCUGAUGGGGCCGCCUCUCUCAUCGGUGGGCCAAAUGCUGCCCUGGCCCCCUCGGGCCCCCUCGGCCUCCGGAAGACCUGCCAGGAGCAGGGAGGGGCUGCAUGGGGGGUGGGGGUGGGAAUCCACUGAUCCACUGAUGGGAAGCUCCG